AUGGCUGCAUCUUUCACUCGCCUGGCGGGCAAUGCGCCCAAAAGGCUCGGUCUCCGCCCCUCUUCCAUCAACAGACACACCACGGCCGUUCCGCGAUCCCGCUCGAUAACCACUUCCCUACCCCGUCGGUAUGCGGAGCCCACCAGCUAUCAGGCCACCAGACUCAUUCCCACCGAUCCUACCUUCACGCAUCUGGCCAACAAGGGAACUGCCGAGGCUCCCGAGGUGGCCGCCGGUCUCGAGUCUGAGGACGAAGGGGUCGGCCGCAAAAUCCGUCACUACACUGUCAACUUCGGUCCUCAGCAUCCCGCCGCUCACGGUGUGCUUCGGUUGAUUCUGGAGCUGAAUGGUGAGGAGAUCGUGCGGUCCGAUCCCCACGUCGGUCUCCUCCACCGUGGUACUGAGAAGUUGAUCGAGUACAAGACCUACAUGCAGGCGCUGCCUUAUUUCGAUCGAUUGGACUACGUCUCCAUGAUGACGAACGAGCAGUGCUUCUCCCUCGCGGUUGAGAAGCUUCUCAACAUUGAGAUCCCCGAGCGCGCCAAGUACAUCCGUACCAUGUUCGGUGAAAUGACCCGUAUCCUGAACCACCUCAUGUCUGUUCUGUCCCAUGCUAUGGACGUCGGUGCCCUGACGCCAUUCUUGUGGGGUUUCGAAGAGCGUGAGAAGCUCAUGGAAUUUUACGAGCGUGUCUCCGGUGCCCGUCUCCACGCCGCCUACGUCCGCCCUGGCGGUGUGUCCCAGGAUAUUCCCCUUGGCCUGCUUGACGACAUCUACCAGUGGGCCACGCAGUUCGGCGACCGCAUUGACGAGACCGAGGAACUGCUGACGGACAACCGUAUCUGGAAGGCCAGAACUCAGGGUGUGGGUGUCGUCAACGCCGCUGAUGCGCUGAACAUGAGCUUCACUGGUGUCAUGCUCCGUGGAUCUGGUGUGCCAUGGGAUAUCCGUAAGUCCCAGCCGUACGACGCCUACGACAAGGUCGAGUUCGACGUCCCUGUCGGUGUCAACGGCGACUGCUACGACCGUUACCUCUGCCGUAUGGAGGAGUUCCGCCAGUCCCUGCGCAUCAUCCACCAGUGCCUGAACCAGAUGCCCGCUGGUCCCGUCAAGGUCGAGGACUACAAGAUCAGCCCGCCUCCUCGUGCCGCCAUGAAGGAGAACAUGGAGGCUCUGAUCCACCACUUCCUCCUCUUCACUAAGGGUUACGCCGUGCCCCCGGGUGAGACGUACUCCGCCAUUGAGGCCCCCAAGGGUGAAAUGGGUGUGUUCCUGGUCAGUGAUGGUAGCGAGAGACCCUACCGUUGCAAGAUCCGUGCUCCUGGUUUCGCCCAUUUGGGUGGUUUUGACCAGGUUGCCCGCGGCCAUCUUCUGGCCGAUGCUGUCGCCAUUAUCGGUAUGCUUGAACUUUGUGGUUUCCCUGAUUGA